CAACACACAACAACCAAGAGGCGAUCACUUUUGCGCAAACACAACAACACCCACCCCUCCCCCAUAUCGCUUUGGCUUGAAGAAGGACCCUCCUCAUCCCCCAAGCAAGCAAGUCACGAUCAGCAAGAGACCACCACCACCAUCAUGUCUGAAAAGAAGUUUGACUUUCGCCGUGGCGGCGCCAUGCGCAAGAAGAAGAUCCAUGAGGUGAUGGAUCACAAGUUCCAGGCCAAGUUCUUCAAGCAGCCCACCUUCUGCUGCCACUGCUCCGAGUUUAUGUGGGGUUUUGGCAAGCAAGGCUACCAGUGCAUCGAUUGCGGCUUUGUGGUGCACAAGCGCUGCCACGAGUUUGUGCACUUUCACUGCCCAGGCACAGACCUGGAGAAGCCAACGGAUGCACCGACCAAGGAGCACGAGUGGUCGUCGCACACGUACAUGUCGCCCACCUUCUGCGACCACUGCGGCUCUCUGCUGUACGGCCUCUACCACCAGGGCAAGCAGUGCAAGAGCUGCAAGCUGAAUGUGCACAAGUCGUGCACGAGCAAAGUUGCGCACAUGUGCGGAUUCGAUCACCGUGAGAAGCGCGGCCGCGUCCAACUCAAGAUCGGCAUUGCAAAGAACUCUGACGGGAGCCGGCUCGUGACAUGCCACGUCGGGCAGGCACACAACCUCAUCCCCAUGGACCCGAGCGGCUCCAGCGACCCCUACUGCAAGGCCAAGAUUCUGCCUGACAAGAAGGAGAAGCAGAAGACCCGCGUGCACUCGACCAACCUCAAUCCAAACUUCAACCACGCCUUUGAGUUCAUUGUGCCGCCGGGCGCCGACCUCGAGCAGAAGUCGCUGUUCCUGGAGGUCUGGGACAAGGACCGCAUCGGCAGCAACGACUUUAUGGGCUGCAUGACCUUCCGCCUCUCCGACAUUGAGGAGGCCGCAGGCACGGACAAGUACACGGGGUGGUUCAAGUGGCUUGACAAGAAGCAGGGUGCAAAGUUCCACAUGAAGGUCCCCGAGGCAGCGUCUGCCCUCAAGGUUGAGGACAUCACGAAGAAGUUUCAGUCGGCCGAUCUGGAGGACUCAAAGAGCGACGAGCUGAGUGCGAGCGUGGCUGCGAGCCUGGACGCCUACUCCUUCCAGAAGGUCCUCGGUCGCGGCUCGUUCGGAAAGGUGCUCCUGGCGAAGGACAAAUCGUCCGGCAAAACCGUCGCCGUCAAGUGUCUGAAGAAGGACGUGGUCGUGGAGGCCGUCUUUCAGGGCACAAUAGUAUACAUGGAGUGA